CUAUUCUGCUACUUCGGUUUGUUUGCACUUGUAAGCGCACAGAGUGAGAAACAGCCGGGCGAAAAGAUAGUUGAAGAUUCGUAUCUUCAGCUCACACUGGUACACAACCUACCGUCGGAUGAUCAAUACAGGGCACGUGUAGGAUACGAAAGUGGUUCAGUUGGUAGUGAAAUCCUACCAGUCGUAUCUCCACCAAAGAGCCCAACAGAAAGGUUACAGCACAUUCAGAUGUACAGAAAAAAGAAGAUUGACAAAGCCACUUGCGACAGUUAUGAGUUCAAUACGGUGUAUUGGAUGCUGGAACACUUUCAAGACAAAAUAGAAGCCCUUUCUACUUACCACGGAAUGGAAGAAGAGAACGCAGCCACAAUCCGCGCUUUGGUCCCCUCAAUUACACAAUCACGCAUGCAGUUCAUGACAUUCCUAUGCCUCCAGAGACAGCAUUUCAAGAGUGCUGAACAAUUUCGGGAAGGGAUCUGGUCCCUGUCUCCUGAUCACUACAGAUUUUGUCCGAGUCCUUGUGGGGCACGUGAGGGUCCCGGAAUGGAUGAGGCGAAACGUGUAAAGCUCAACCGUUACACCAACCCUUGCAGUUAUCCAGCUGCCUACUCACCCUAUGUAUCCCGAUCAUGCGUGGAUGUAAAAACUUCAAGUUACUUUGCUCAUCACGAAAGUUUCCAUUGUGAUUGUAUUCCGGGCGCCCAAUGGUUGAGUCACUCCAAAGUUUGCUCCUCCGCCGUCGAGAAAACAGCCACGCCCUGUAAUCAAUUUGGUACAAGCCAUGUUAAGGCGGUGCAGCUUCACCUAGGUGAUCACAGCUACAGUUCCAGCAGACAAAUGUGGGAGUGUGAGUGCAAACCGAAUUACUAUGGAACGUAUUGUGAAAAGCUCAAAAACCCUUGCACAAUGACCAUUGGAAAUGCGCUCCCGGGGAACGUGGCGUGUGCUGUUCUCGAUGGCAAUGAAUGUAUUCCUGACUGGAACACAUCUCGUUACCAGUGCAAGUGUCAGCAAGAAUAUGAUCGUCUUCCACCUGAAAGCUAUCCAGCUGGACGUCUUCUGGACAACUGCCUCCGGGAAGUUCAUCCUUGCGCGAUCACGCGCUGCCUUCACGGAAUUUGCGUCCUGGCUGAUUAUGGGGUUACAAUGGAAAUGCAGGGGAAGCUGUCCCGCGAACCGAUGACUUGGUUAGGCAGAAGACCGAUGGUUAAAGCACGUUGUUUGUGCAACGCCGGAUGGACCGGUGCAGCAUGUGGGGAGCCACUUAUGAUGAACGGCUGGACGCCAUGGUCUCCUUGGUCGCACUGUGAGCCUGUUUGCCAGACAUCUCUGACACAAAAACCACCAACUGCUGUUCAGGAAAGGUUUCUCGAAGGACAAAGCACACCGCGAUGGGGAACGAGACAAAGAACACGACGGAGGGAUUGUAUGGGAUUGUCGUAUGAUUGUCGGUACGAACUGCAAGAGCACUACGCUAGAACGGGUGGUUCCAUUGGAGAUGGUUUCUCAUUGGUACAAUAUGAACGGAGGGCGUGUAGGCCUAGACCUUGUGAUAGACAUUUGUAUCUGGCUAUGGGAAAAAGAGCAGUACGGAGAUCACGAAUUCAGGGGCAAGUGCGCGACACGCUUAAACAGGCCUACACGGUGCAUCUUUGGACUGUAUUGGCCUUUGCUUUUGUCUUCGCCAUUUUCGCCUUUUUCGCUGCAUUCGCAACCAAAAUGCAAAGACGAAAUAAUGUGCCUGCCCGAAAAGCCGUAAAUUCGAAUCGCGCUUUGCCUCUGAGAGGAACUAGUGCUGCCGGCGCCUCGUUCCAAUAA